AUGGCAGAGGAGCUGAAAGGAUUUCCUCAUGAGAGACUAUCUAUCUCAUUGAGGAGUAAUUCACAGCAAUAUCAAGAUAUUCUUUUGUUUUUUGAUGAUUAUCAGUUUGAUUUGGAUAGCACCAACCAGCACUUGUGUAGUCUGGCAGAAUUACUGUUAAAGUCUCAUACACUGUUGGCAGAGCUGUUUUCUGAUGAUGUGAGCGUUUCUCAACUCUUACCGUAUUUUGAUUGGAUUCAAGAGGGAAGAUCUGAAUUUUAUCAGCUCUUCAACGGGAUAAAGACCAUCGAAAAGGUGUUGCUGCAUCUGAUGGAAAUCAUCGAAGAGGAAUUUGGGUGUAAUGAAGAUGAACUAUUCCAGAAGGAGUUGACUGCACUUUUUGAUUUAUUAGAGGAGAUAUCAGAUACAUUAGUGUCCAUAAAACCAAUCAUCUCAUCAUUAAAAAACCUGUUCGACACCGCCAUAGAGUUCAACGAAAUAUUCAAAGAUCAUAUGAACAGUCUAGAUGAAGAGAUAGAAAACAAUUUGUCUAAAUGCAUUGAACUUCAAGAGCAAAACUUUGAAUCUCCUGUAAGACAUAAUAAACCUACUUUCACUUUGGAUCAAUUGAUUAAAACUUUGUCUUCAACAAAUUCUCCUACCAAAGGACUUCAGAUCCCUGCCUUUUCUCCUUCAGAGCAAAAGAUUCAUGAAAAGCUUACACAGUUGGAAGAUUCUUCGGCACCUAUAGAUUUGUCACUAAAACAUGUCCUUUCAGAAAGAUUAGAUAACUUCGAGACCCGUGAUGUUGUCAAUUUGGAAUAUCUCAUGCGAUUGCUGCGAAAGAAAUACCAAUAUAUAUUGGAUAAGUAUGAACUACUACAAGUUGAACUCAGAGACCUAAAGCAAGCAAUUGUUGAUGAGAAAUGGGUUCUCAUAUUUACAACUUUGAAUGACGAGCUACGGAUUAUGCUGAAAGAUGUGGAGAAACUGCUGCUGAAGGUAGGCAACCCUGAUCUUUCGGAGCAGCUGAAAACAAAACUGCAUGAUCAAUUGAGAAGCAAAUCGUACACUAUUGAUAAGACCUUCGGUAUAAUAUACAAUGCUCUUGAAAGCUCGAUAUUGAAUGAAUCAAUUGCAACCGUUACCAACGAACAUGCGGAAAAGUGGCUACAAUUAAAUACAAAAUUUGAACACUUACUGCCGGAACACCAAAAUGAAAAUGAUCCAAAUAAAACUAUCACACAGCUUUCCAAUGACAUCUCCGAGCUUCGGCUCAACGAUGCACCAUCUGAGAAGCCAGGUUCAAACAGGUCUAGUAUUGGGGCGAUAUUAUUUAAGAAAAUGAAUAUCAAACCUGUCUUGGUAAGAGAAGGAGAUGAAAAUGAUUCAAACAGCGAUAAUGUGAAAUGUGACCGCCACAGAUAUUCCAAUCCAUUUUUUGAUCCUUGCCAAGCUACUAAAUUAAGUCCAAAAAAGGUACUUAACUUUAACAAAGUACCUGCUCUUUCUUUUGAACAACAACUGUCCAUUUUGGGAACACUUGAAUCCCGAGCAUAUGAUAUUAACAGAUUGAAACAGUACGGUAAACUCCCGACACGCAUCCCCAGACUUCCUUUCCAGAGACAGAAAAUCAUUCCACAUCGUACUAUUUUAUUCAAUUUCGAUGCCAACUGGGUAAAAAAGGAUAAUCACCAACUGAAAUUUCCCGUAUCCUAUGUAUCUUAG